GCGAUUUGAAGAGUUCUUGGGAGGAUUUGAGAGGGAUUUUUUGGUCGCUUCUUCCGAUCGCGAGCUCCCGUGUUUUUGGCAUCUCCCUUUUUCUCCCCAUUUCUUCUUCUUGGAUUUGAGAGAUUAGGUUUGGUGUUUUCACAUUUGGAGUCUUCUUGAGUUGCAGGCGUGUGGCAGACAAGCGACCUCGGGGUGGAGGCUUUAAAGUUCGCGUCCUUUUCAGCUCUCCGCCUGGAUUUCGCUGCUCACUUUUGCUUGGGUGUUGCGUGUGUGUUUUUCUUCUCUCUCCUUUUUGGUCUGAAGAUUAAAGAAGAAUAAAUGUAGUGAGACCAUGUUUUGUUUGUGGAGUUUGAGGCUCCUGAGGCACAAAGGCAGUUUUCUGGGAAAUUCUUGAUUUCUUCUCCGUUUGGGUGAAGAAGCGAUAUGAAUGCUUCGAACUCGUCGCAACUGAGUGACUGAGGUGCAGUGACGCCCGACCGUGGGUUUCGAAGAAGCUUAUCGGCGGUUGUUGAGCUGAUGUUUGAGGGCUCGAGGACUGGAGCUUGUCACCGUACAAGGCAACAGCACCUACUUCUCGACAUCGAUUUCCACGCAAAUGAAGCGUGCUCAUCCUUUCCAACAGUGUUUUAGUAUAUGCUUCUAUUAUAUGUCUUCUCCUUUCUCCUAGAAAAGUUCCCAUCUGCGAACUAGAGGUCACAGCAGAGCAGGGCCGGAGCCUAAAAGAUCCAAAAACAGGGGUUAAAAUACAGCUGACAUCAAGGAAGAGCAGAGAACUGGAUUAAAGAGAAGAGGUGAAGAAGAAAGGGGAAAAGUUGUCUUUUUUCGAUCUGGUUGGAGUGGUUGCAUUUCAUUUCAUCUGGCCAGAUGCUUGAUAUCCACAUUACCCCAGCCGUCUCGUUGUAAUAGUGUGUAUGGGAACCACUUGCCUGCCUUAUUGUCCUGCUUCUGUCUUCUUCUUCUUCUUCUGUUGGCCUUCAAACAAGUAGGCCUAGUUGUUUUAGCUGGGUAUGGAAGCCAUGGCUUGGUUGUGAAGGUCUCUUGGUCAGUUCUUGGCGCAGAGAUGAGCACCAGCCAGCAGCCAAAGCAGGGGAAGACUGAUAAGGGCCUCGAUGCACCUAAGAACAUUGUGGUUGCCGUUAAGUCUUCAAAAGAAAUCCCAAAGACAGCACUUGUGUGGGCUUUAAAGCAUGUCGUUCAGCCUGGUGAUUGUAUCACACUUAUCGUUGUGGUUUCACCUCACAAUUCAGGUAGAAAACUUUGGGGCUUUCCAAGAUUUUCAGGGGAUUGUGCCAGUGGCCAGGGAAAGCCACUGUCUGGUGGUACAUUGGAACAGAAAUGUGACAUCACUGAUUCAUAUUCUCAGAUGAUGCUUCAACUUCAUGAUGUUUAUGAUUCGAAUAAGAUAAACAUCAAGAUAAAGAUUGUCUCUGGAUCACCUUGUGGUGCAGUGGCUGCUGAAUCCAAGCGAAUCCAAGCAAACUGGGUUGUAUUGGACAAGCAACUAAAGCAUGAAGAGAAGCGCUGCUUAGAAGUCCUACAGUGCAACAUCGUGUCUAUGAAGCGUUCCCAAGCAAAAGUUCUCCGCUUGAAUCUUGUGGGAUCUCCCAAGGAAGAGCCUCAGAUGCCCCGUGAAAUGCCAUCUAAGUUAGAUGUGCUGACUGGGAAGACUGCCAGCAAUUCAGAAGACACUCAGAAUCCAGUUAAAGGUCCAGCUGUGACACCCACUAGCAGCCCUGAAGUAGGGACCCCAUUUACUGCUACAGAAGCCGGAAUGUCCUCAGGUUCAAGCUCUGAUCCAGGAACUUCUCCCUUUAUUGUCUCCGAGAAAAUCAGUUGUCUUAAGAAAGAGGAACAGAUAGACACAAAAGAAAUGCCAAAUUUGGAUGUAACAAGCUCCGAGUCCGACAGUGAGACUGAGAGUCCUUCAAGGACAGACAUGCAGCCAUGGAUGGACGAGAUUCUUGGUGUUAGUCAAACAUCUUCAAGAGAACUUGAGGAAGUGGCACAUAGGCUCAACAAAAGAACACACAUAUCCACUGUUAAAACAUUGUUGCAGCGACUCCCCAAACAUGAUAAGGAAUCUGAAAUUGGCUAUUUGAGUGACAAAUCAGAUAUGAACUUAAGUGGAAAUGUCAGAGAUGCCAUAUUACUAUCUAGAAAUGUACCACCUGGACCACCUCCCCUAUGCUCAAUAUGUCAGCAGAAGGCCCCUGUUUUUGGGAAGCCUCCUAGGUGGUUCAGUUACUCUGAGCUGGAACUUGCUACUGAUGGUUUUUCCCAAACAAAUUUCCUGGCUGAGGGUGGUUUUGGAUCCGUGCACAGAGGUGUCUUGCCUGAUGGUCAGGCAAUUGCUGUCAAGCAACACAAAACAGCUAGUUCCCAGGGAGAUCAAGAAUUCUGCUCAGAGGUGGAAGUCCUAAGUUGUGCACAACAUCGCAAUGUCGUGAUGCUAAUUGGAUUCUGUAUUGAGGACAGUAGAAGAUUGCUAGUUUAUGAAUAUAUUUGCAAUGGCUCAUUGGAUUCUCAUCUUUAUGGUCGUCACAGAGAACCACUGGAAUGGUCUGCCAGGCAAAAAGUUGCUGUGGGAGCUGCUCGUGGAUUGAGAUACCUUCAUGAAGAGUGCAGAGUCGGUUGCAUAGUCCACCGGGACAUGAGGCCAAAUAACAUCCUUAUCACUCAUGAUUUUGAACCAUUGGUCGGAGAUUUUGGCUUAGCCAGAUGGCAGCCUAAUGGGGAUCUUGGCGUGGAAACCAGAGUGCUUGGCACCUUUGGGUAUUUAGCUCCAGAAUAUGCCCAGAGUGGGCAAAUUACAGAGAAAGCUGAUGUAUAUUCCUUUGGAGUAGUGCUGAUGGAGCUUGUGACUGGUCGUAAAGCUAUUGAUAUCAACCGACCAAGGGGACAACAGUGUCUGAUUGAAUGGGCUCGUCCGUUACUAGCAGAGUAUGCAAUCGAUGAGCUCAUAGAUCCCUGUUUGGCUAACCGAUAUCGUGAACAUGAGGUCCGCUCCAUGUUGCAUGCAGCAUCACUGUGCAUUAGGCAUGAUCCUCAUGCCAGGCCCCGUAUGUCACAGGUUCUUUGGAUGUUGGAAGGCGACAUGGCUAUGGAAUCGAGUUAUAUUUCAUCGCCUGGAUAUGGUAACGGGAAUAGGAGUGGUCGGAUGUGGUUGGAUCGUCAGUGGCAUAGACAGCACAAUGUUCCAUUCAUGCAAGAGACCUCAAGAGUUUCAGGUGGGAAGCACUCUUAUGAGGAUUUAAGGUCAGCCUGGGAGAGAGGGAGGGCUGGAAUCAUGCGUAGAUUUUGAUAUGCCGAGGCUCAGUAUGUUCUCCUCUAGAUUCUUUUUCAUUUUCCUGUCUAUCUUCUCUUUUCAGUGCCCUCAUUGCAAUAUGCAUGCGUGUUCUACUGAUGUAUAGCAGAAGACAUUACUUUGGUUGAUCAGUUAAAUCUGUAGUAUGAGCAAUUGUCUUUUCUUGGUUGA